CGUCCGCGCAUGCGCAUUGCCGCUGUCCGCGCUCGUGUGGGGCCCGUGAAGAUCCAGCGGGAGUGUUAGCUGUGUAAUGGCGGCUUCGGUGUUGCUCUCCGCGGAAAGCGCCGUGCCCUCUUUUACCGUCGGCCAUCCCGCCGGUGCGGCGGGAACUACUCAUCACGGAUUAUCCAAUGCUCCCGGACCCGCGUCCUGGAACCGCUCGCUGGACCGGGCGCUGGACGAGGCGGCGGCCACCGGAACGCUCAACCUGAGCGGCAGGAAGCUGAAGGAGUUCCCGAGGAGCGCCGCCGGACACGACCUGACCGACACCACCCGGGCCGAUCUAUCACGAAACAGGUUGACGGAGCUGCCGGUGGAGGUGUGCAUGUACGUGUCGCUGGAGAAUCUGAACCUGUACCAGAACUGCCUACGUUCUCUUCCAGAGAGUCUGAUCAACCUACAGUCUCUCACCUACCUAAACAUCAGUCGAAACCAGUUGUCCAGUCUCCCCGCUCAUCUGUGCCGACUGCCGCUCAAAGUUUUGAUCGCCUGCAAUAACAAGCUGCUAUCGCUGCCGGAGGAUCUGGGCAGACUCAGACAGCUCACUGAACUGGAUGUCAGCUGUAAUGAGAUCCAGACGCUUCCUCCACAGAUCGGUCAGCUGGAAGCUCUGCGUGACCUCAACAUCCGCAGAAACCACCUCGUUCGUCUGCCUCCUGAGCUGGCAGAGUUGCCGUUGGUCCGGCUCGAUUUUUCCUGUAAUAAGGUAACGACGAUCCCAGUGUGCUACCGCAAUCUCAGACACCUCCAGAGCAUCAUUCUUGACAACAAUCCUCUCCAGAGUCCACCUGCACAGAUCUGUAUAAAGGGAAAGAUCCAUAUAUUUAAAUAUCUCAACAUGGAGGCGUGUAAAGCAGCAUCAGACCUUCCAGACUACGACAGAAGACCAGUGCCCUACGGAUCCUAUGCAGAGGAUUUGUUUCCCGGCCGGCCGUACGGAGCUCUGGACUCUGGCUUUAACAGCGUGGACAGCGGAGACAAGAGGUGGUCAGGAAAUGAGGCAAGUGUUAUUCAGAUCACUCUUAUCAAGAAUCUACUCUAUCCUGCUGUUGUUCUUUAUUAUCGCUUUAUUUAUUGUUCCGUUCCUCCUCUUCCCCAUCUAAAGCCUUCAGACGAGUUGUCAGACUUGCCGUUGAGAGUGGCGGAAAUCACCAAAGAGCAAAGACAGAGACGAGACCGAGAAAGAGAGCGCGAGGAUCCUCGGACGGGGUCUCACGUGACCAAUGGCACAUUGGAAACGGAGAUUGAACAGAUAGACUUCAUUGACAGCUGUACGGUGGAUGAUGAGGGGGAGGAUGGGCGGAGCCGUAGAGGGGCGGAGCCUGUCAGCCUCAGCUCACAGUUCAUGGCCUACAUUGAAAGACGAAUCACCAGAGAGGGUUCACCUGUGAAGACCAGCCCAUUCAGAGACUUGAGAACCGAUGAUCCGAGACACCAAACCUCCUUAAAUAACCGUGGUGGGUCAGAUACAGCGGUCACAUCUUCGUUCACUCAUAACCAGCGGUCCGCUGGUGUGUUGUCAGGUUCUGGUGGCGGUGUGGAGCGAGUGAGAAGAGAAGCUCAUCUGGCGGCUCUGCGGUACGAGGAAGAGAGACAGAAAACAAGAUCAGUGCAAAGAGAUGCUCUUAUGAAUAAUGCCAAGCACAAGUUGUCUCAGAGCCCUUCGAAGCUCAGUCCAACAGACAGUGAGAAUCUGUACCCCUCCAGACGGUCCACUCACACCGAUGACUCCGCCCUCUUCAUGAGUGAGUUUGAGCCCCUACUGAUAUUUGAGAUAGACACAGAUACCAACACUAUAAAGAAGAGGCCAGACCCUCACAAACAGUGUCUCUCUGCUGUGCCUCUGGAUGGGUGUGUGUCUCCCACUUUCUCCGUCUCUGCCUCCUGUACGCCGCAGCAAGGUGAAGAUUAUGCCUCGGUGUCACCCUCCGCGCUCCAGUCCCCUCAGUCCCCCCCGUCCCCCUCCUGCGGCCCCAAUCAGAGACCCGAGAGUUACCUGUUUCGCCUGAGUCAGCGAGAGGAGAAGAAAAAAGGAGAAUCUGGCACAGAGAAGGCGGAGCCGGUGGAAGCCACUCCCACACAGAGCCCCGCCCCAACGGGAGAGGAGGCGAUCCUAAUAGAGCAGCUGAGAAGGAAUAUCGAGUGUCGACUCAAGGUGUCCUUACCUAGUGAUCUUGGGGCAGCUUUGACUGACGGGGUCGUGUUGUGCCAUCUGGCCAACCACGUGCGUCCCCGAUCCAUAUCGAGCAUCCAUGUACCCUCACCGGCAGUGCCCAAACUGACGAUGGCCAAGUGUCGACGAAAUGUGGAGAACUUCCUGGAGGCGUGCCGCAGAAUUGGAGUUCCUCAGAGCCAGCUGUGUCUCCCUCUGCACAUCCUGGAAGAGAGAGGUUUGCCUCAGGUGGCCGGGACGGUUCGGGCCCUUCUGGAUCUGGCCCCUCCGAAAAACACGCCCUCCCCCAGCACGACCCCCGCCGGGCUCAACACGGUCUCCCCCCUCGCCCUGUAGGACCGAGAGCUAAAGGAGUCUCCACCCAUCACCCCCAAAGAUCUUUAAGACCCCUUUCUGAUCUUGAGUGACACUCAGAAUGGUUCUGUAAGGGUAACACACACACACACACACACACACACAUACACACACUACCUGCUCUUCAAACCCGGAGAGAAGAGAUGACUGACGAGACCUGCGAACAUGUCCAGAGACUUCUUUGAAGCUAGAUUUCUAUUUCGUUUUUAACACUUCAUUAUCUUUAACUAUUAUGGGUGGUGUUUAUUUUUAUUCUGUAUUGUUUUUAUUAUUAUUAUUAUUAUUAUCGACUCUGAAGUUAUGUGAGAUUGAGAGUUCACGUAUCGGAGUUACUUUGGCUACUUUGGUUUAAUCUCACAAAAACCUGCGCAGGUCACAUUUCACAUGAAAUAAAAUAAGAUGACACUUACAGAAAUGGAAACAUUUUUUAGGACCACUGUGAUUUGUGUGACAUUAUUUUCAUAACGUGCAAAACAAUUUCUCAUUAUCACAAUGCAAAGAAAAAUGUAUUUUUUAAAUAAAACUUUUUUUUUUUUAUAAUCCAUUUGAAUAUUGGUCUAUUUUUUUCAGUGCAUUAUAAUGCAAAUAAAAUGAUGUAUUUAUAUAAAUAAUAAAAAACAAUUUUAAUAAACAAUUUGCUUUGCAUUAUACUGCAGUGAAAAAUAAAUACAUAUUUUUUUUUACACAAAUUUUCAUGGUGUACUGUUAUUAUGAUAAUGAAAUAUUAAAUAAAUUGUAAAGCAUUUGAAUUUAUGAAAUUAAAUUACUUACAUUUAUUAAAAUAACUUUAUGCAUUUAUUUUAUUAAAUUAACUUAAUACCUUUAAUUCGUGAAGAUUUAAAUAAUCGUUGUAUUGCCAUAUCUGUACUGUAUUACAGUAAUGAGAAUAAUUAUUGAAUAAUGAGAAUUACUAAAACGAAAUAAUAAAACGUUCAAAUGCAUCAUGACAAUGAGAACUGGAGCAGGAAAUGAAUUCAUUUUUAUGAAAGUAAUGUCAUAAUGAAAAAGAUAACUAAACCUUGCCAUAGACUGUUUUCUUGUUUAUUUUAGGUGAAGUGUGGCGUGUUUCCGUGAGAUUCAACUGUGAGCGUUUAGAGAAACGGUCCAGAGCAGCGUGUAAAUGACUGAAUGACACUAAUUCGCAGCUGUCCUAGAAUAACACACGAGGGAUCCAGAGAGUUUCUGUACAGUUUUAGUGUUUUUUUCUUUUUCUAAUGACCCUUUUAGUGCUACUUUGAGUACUACAAUCGCACCAGAAGAAAACUAUUAAAACUUAAAGAGCUCACAGACUUUAUUGACCUAGUCAAAUUGAGAGGCAUAUUAAAGUGCUAUAGCAAUGUUUAGCAUGAUGGGCACAGUUAAAAAACAAAACAAAAAAAAUAUAUAUAUGUAAAGAUGUUUGAAACACGGUAAAUGAAUAAAACACUUAUAUUUUCAUAGCCUAUUUUCGAGCGGCGAGGGCUGAUUUCUAUUGCUGUUGUGUGUUUAUAUGUAACUGGUUUUGCAUGUGUGGGAUUCUGGGUGUUGGGAGUUGGACUGAAAUGGGACGGCAGUAUAAAAGCUGUUUUUAUUUUAUUUCCUUUUUAUUGAGAUUGUUACAUUGGCACCGUUGCAUGUCUUUGAUUAUGGAUUGUCUUCAACACAACACACGUCUCCUCCGGGGCCCAGACGUCUGUGUGUGUGGUUCACUCGUUGAGGAUGUAGGCUUUGCAGAUCCACUUGGAGUGAGUCCUGAACACGGUCAAGAGCAUGACCAGGUCAUUACACCCCAAAAUCAAGAGAAAUCAAUUAUGUUUACUUAUUUUUCAUGACAAGUAAGCACAUUUUUACUGCAUGCUUUAAAAUAUAAAACAGGUUCAUUUAAAUAAUGCACAAUAAUGCAAUGGGAAUGUGUUAAAGCAAGUUUUUUUUUAUUGUUAUUAGUAUGCUAAGAAUUUCAUUAAAUGAUGCUUUGUAGACUUAAUUGUCUGCAUUAUAAUGUUGUGAAAAAAAAAAAAUUAAACACGAUUUGUUCCCCCACUGCAUUAUAACACAAAAAUAAAAAUGAAACAUGUUUUUUUGUUUUUUUAUUCAAAUAAUACAGUAUAAUGCAUUGGGGGAGGGGAAAACAUUUUCAAACAAAUGUUUACUGCAUUAUAAUGAUAUUAAAAAUAUUAUUUUAAUAAACACUUUUAAACUUAUAAAUAAUUUUCUUAGCAUUAUAAUUCAGUAAAAAACUAUUAAAAUGUUUUCCCCCCUCUAUGACGCUGUGAUUCAUUAUAAUGCAGUUUUAAAAAAAAUACAACACUUUCCGCUGUUUAAUAAUGCAAAGAAAAUAAAAUCCCCAAUAAAAUUCUACUAUGUAUUAUUUAAAAAAAAAAAAAAAUUAAAUAUUAAGUCUUUAAAUAUUAUUUAUUAUAUAAAAUUAUAAAAUGAACUCGAAUGACAAUCACCAUAAUUAAUCGUUUUAAUUACAAUAAACCACUUUGCUGGUAAGAAUUUUGUUUUUAUAAAUAUAUAUAUAUAUAUAUAUAUAUAUAUAUAUAUAUAUAUAUAUAAUUAAAGAAAUAAACAUUUGAUGCGAAAAUGUGCUUAUUUAUUAUGAAAAUAAAAUAACAAUGAAAAAAAAAAAAAAGAAAAAGCUUGACAAUAGGCUACAUUUUCUUUAUGCAAAAAUUAUCUUAAAAAAAAAGGUCUUUUUUUUUUUUAUUAUUUUUAUUUUUAUUUUUAUGUGACGAUGAAAUGUGACCUGGGCAUAUUUUCAUGUGAUUCACUCAUAGGGUCAUGAACAUGCUGUUAUUUAUGUGGGUUUCAGAGAUAAUAAUGCCACAUUUACAAAACUCCUCAUCAUCUUUAAUAUGCCUGAUAAAAGAAAAUACUGAGAGCGGAAGAAAGAGGUGUAGAAAACCGACUCAUUUAAGUUACGGUUUCAACUUGCUUUUUUAGAGACUUUAAAAUGGGAAUUAAAAGUGGUAUAAAAAUAUCUAACGAAAGGUUUUGUAUAUUUUUACUAUGUUUGUUUUUAGUUUUCUCUAUAAAAUGAAUAGUUUGACUAGGGUUAUUUCCCCAGCACAGAUCAUGUAGUUUCUUCUGCAGGGUUUGUCUCUGCGUGUCUGUACAGUAAUAAAUACAUUCCAUACGUUUAUAAGUAUGAACCACUGUCCACCUGAAACACGAGGACCUACUGUGCGCUUCCAGACAACCCCAACAUUAGCCGUUUUAUUUUCACGCUUUUGUUUUUGAACACUUCUCCCUGCAAAACAUUUUCUGUAAAAUUUUGAUGUUGGACAUGAGAUGGUCUGAACAUUUGGAUUUAUGAAAUAUACAUUAAUAAAAAGUUUCCCAUUUC